UCUUCAUCGUCACUUGUCACCACUUCUCAAUUCUACUCCUACAGUCGAAGAUCUAAGUAAAAGGAUCGGAAGCUAUGAAAUCAAUGAAUCAAAAACUAGUCCCACUCAAUAAUCGCCCUAAUUUCUUUGCCAAUGCGUUCGUAAAAGUUUCACUACAAUCACUACCUUCAUCGUGGUCGUCGCAACAAGUCAACCUAUCAACACUCUGCCUUGAUUCAAGUUGCAACUUUCCGUCCCACAGUUGUGUUCCAGUAGCAACUAAGAGAUAUCAUAAGCUCCAUGCAAUCACGGCCUCCGCCUCCUCCGAUCCGAAUUACAACGACGAUCGCAUCGAUCGAAUCGCUUCCACGAUUCGCGUCAUUCCCGGUUUUCCUAAGCCCGGCAUUUUGUUCCAAGACAUUACUACACUGCUUUUAGAUCCAAAGGCUUUCAAGGACACAAUUGAUUUGUUUGUCGAGAGAUACGAGCACAAAAACAUCUCCGUUGUCGCAGGUAUUGAAGCAAGAGGCUUCAUAUUUGGACCUCCCAUUGCAUUGGCUAUUGGAGCAAAAUUUGUCCCCAUGAGAAAACCCAACAAGUUGCCUGGGGAAGUUAUCUCAGAGGAGUACUCUUUGGAGUAUGGAACUGAUAUAAUGGAAAUGCAUGUUGGGGCUGUACAAGCAGGGGAACGUGUGUUGAUAAUCGACGAUCUUAUUGCAACAGGUGGCACGUUGUGUGCUGCUAUGAAGCUAGUAGAGCGUGUUGGAGCAGAAGUAGUUGAGUGUGCAUGCGUAAUUGAACUUACCGGGCUGAAGGGAAGGGAGAAAUUGAGUGACAAACCACUAUUUAUCCUCAUAACUGCACCCGGAGAAUAGAUUCGGGUCGCAAUUUUUCGCCAGCUGAAAAUGUCUACUACAAUAAGAAGAUUAC